AUUUAAUUUAAUUAAACAAAAAAGAAGAAAUCCAUUAAAUAUACGGAAAACAAUAAAUAAAAUAAUUGUUAUACGUUAUAUUGAUUUAAGUAAUCGAUAUUAAAAGUAAUUGUUAUACUGUAAUUGAUAAUUAUUAUAAAUUAUCUUUAAAUAUAAGUACGAAAUUAAAAAAAUUAUUGAUUUUUUCAUUAUGAUGUGAAAAAGUGUGGCUAUUAAGAUGAUGAACGAUCAAAGCACAAUUAAAAAUUAUUCGUCACCACUACCUGUGCCAUUAACAGAAACAUCUAUUAAAAAUGAUGACGAAAAAAAUAUAUUAUCUCUCAAGAAGUUUGAGGGAUUACAGUUAGAUUCCAAAGAAAAUGUUGAUGCUGAUAAUGAGGAUUAUGAUGAUGAUGCCAAGCCAAUAACCAAAGAAGAGGAAUGGGUGACAAAGAAAAAAACAGAAUUAACAACGACACGUCAAAUAGAAACACGAGUUAAACGACAAGUUGUACUUGAAGAUGGUAAAGUUGUUGAUGAUUCAGGACCAAUGGUUUCAACAAAUACAACCGAGGAUACAGAUAAAAAAGAAUCAGAAACAACUGAGCGUGUUAAUUUUGGAUCACCUAAUUCUGAAAAUAAUAAAACAAAAGAAAUUGAUAAUGAAAUUUUACAACCAAUUGAAGAUUCAAAAGCUUCAUUAAAUAAAACACGACGAAAAAAAUGGUCAAAAGUAGAACCUGGUAGUUCUAUUGUUUUAAAAACUGAUGAAGUUGAUGAUGAUGGUCUUGUACUUACACCACGUCAAGAAGAUGGACUUGUACGUGAAAUUGAUAAUAAACAUAUUGUUUCACAUGAAGAAAUCGAAGAACGUUUAGAAACAGAAGAUGUUCGUCAUUUAGGAGAUUUUCCAGAUGAGGUUUAUGUUAAAGCGGUAAAUAGCGGAGCGCAAAAUUUGGAAGAUAUAUUGUAUUCUGAAAAAAAUAAGCUAAAUAUUGCAACAACUGGUCCAAGAAUAGUUCAUCAGUCUACAAAAAGUCAUAAAAUUGUUGAUUCCGAAGACAUUAAUCAAAAAUCUUUAGUAAAAUCAGACGGAACUCUAAUAACAGAAAAAAAGAAAACAACAGAACACGAAGAAAUUUUUGAUAAAGAUUCACCAGAUAAUGAUGAUUCAUCUUAUAAAAAUCAUGCGGAUAUAAAUACGAUUGAAUCUUCUCAACGAUUUUUUAAACAAAGAGAUGAGCAAAAUGUUGAAUAUGUUGCAGAUGACAAAGUUAUAGCAAAAGAAAUGCGUUACGCGGCUGAAACCGAACAAAUGGAAAGAGAUGGACCUCAUGAGGGUCCUCACGAUUGGGAUAGUUUAUCCGAUCGAAUUCGUAAAACACGUCGUAAUCAUAAAACUAUACUUCAACAUCAACGGGAAGCAGCGAUCUUAGCUGACCGGAAAGAUGCGUUGACUAAACGUCCAUUAAAUUUUGAUCGGGAAGAAGAAACCCGGAAAGGUGAAACAAUGAAAUGGUUAGAGUCUCAUUUUGGGAGCGAAUCUACUGCCUCUUCAGAUUCACGAGAUGGUGAUCAUGAAUCUGAUUUAAUAGAACCAUCAAAAAAGACUUUUUUCAAUGUUACUAUUAAAUCUAAUCAUACAUUAAUUGGUAACAAUCAAAAUGGAUAUGAAAAUUAUCAGCAAGGAGCAAAUGGAAAACAUUCAGAUGGAGUUUUACAUUUUACUUCAAAAGUAUCAGUUCCCGAGAAGAACGCAGUAUUAGCCAAUAAUAAAACAAAAUACUUUCAAGGUAUUUCAAAUUGGUCUGAAAGACGAGAAUCGAAUCCGAAACACUUUGCAUCAAAAGCUUUUAAGGACGAACUUCAGGGUACUGUAGAGAAAAAUAACUUAAAACAUAUUUCUAGAGAAGAUUUACGAAUUAUAAAAACCAUAAAAACGGAUGACAGUAAUAAAAGAGAAAAUUUUGUUGAGCAUAAAAAGCAGCACUAUGGCUCUAAAGGUGAUUUGAAAUAUCAUAGAAAGAGCUCAGGCGACGAUAUCGAUGAUCCCAAAAUUAUCAGACUUCAAAAACACGAUUUCAGUUAUUUGGGAGAUUUAAGUAAAGACGGAAGGUGCCAUAAAAAUGUAAAAGAUGAUAGAAAUUUGCAUAGUUUAUUAAAAAUUAAUUCUCGUUUGAAGCGCGAAGACUCUGGUUUCGUAAGAGAUUCUAGAGAGGAUGUUCACAUUACUAAUUUAAAAGAUGUUGAAAAUGAAAGUUUUGUAGAUUACAAGCAACCAAUACUGCAGAAAGAUGAAUCAACUUACAUGUCUUCUUCUAACUACUUAGAAAGCCCUAUAAAAACAUCACAAUUGGGAACCCCAGAUAGUGGUAUUCGUUCUCCAUCUUCUGAACCAUAUGAUAUCAAUAUGACUUUUCAAUCACAACGCCCAUCUGUCCCAAUUCGUAAAAGAGCUAUUGAGAAAAAAUUGAGGCAACAACCAAAACCUUUUAUUUCAUCGCAAACUCGAAUUCAUGAAAAGCAACGGCAUCACGACGAGCCCCCACCAGAUUAUUCUCCACCACCGCGAUCGCGUUCUAUUUCCCCUGCGAUACAUUUACAUCCUGAGGUUACACAUCAACUUAGCUCCGGUGUUGAAUAUGCAGACAAUCAUCAACUAUCGAAUGGUGUUUCAAUACAAACUCCACGUUCCAGAUUUUCAUCCAACACACCAAUAUUUAAUCAAAGUGUUCAAAACUCUAAUUUAUCUACACCGAGACCAACGGUAUCUACUCAAACAUCACCUCAACCAAAACAACCUACCAAAGUAGGACAAGCUAUUGGUAAUUCUUUCAGAAAGCUUGUGGGAAAAAUAAGGUCUGCAAGUGCCGAAAGAAAAUUAAAAAUGAAAUCAAAAAGUAAAAGCUCUGAGCGAUCUCCCUCACCUUUACUGCGUAAUAAAUCGCUUCCAAAUGAAUCUACAUACCAACAGUAUAAUGUUAUCGAUAGUCAUAUCGGUGAAACAACAAAUGAAAAUAGUAAUGGUAAUAACUUCGGAAAUAAUGUGCGUGUGAAUAAAACUUAUUCAAAUAAGGUCUUACAAAAUCAACCUCAGAGAAAUUCUGUAAAUCGCGAAUCAAGUUUUGCAAGCAGCUCUGUAACACAAGGUUUAAAAGAUCGCCGACAAAAUCCAAAUAAUCGGGAGGAAUUAGAUUCCUUAUCACCUAAUAAUUUAGACAAAAAUGCAGCUGAACUGUAUGACAAUGACAUUUCGAGUCCAAAACAACGAUAUUAUUUAGGUGAAGAUCCUUAUGGAAACAGUAUUUUUGGAAAAGAAAACAAAUACAAAAGAAAUGUCGAAGACCCCAAGUAUGAAUCUAAAGCUGCUUUAAACGGAAAUCAUAGAAGAAUAGGAAUAAUUACAAACGGGACGGAAGGGCAAGAAAUUUAUAGUCAAAGAAACGCAGCCUCCACGCUCGGUCGUUAUCAAAAAUCAAAUGCAAAACACCUUGGUUCAACUCCAAAUUUAGAUUAUCACUCCAGAGUGGCGCAAACACUACCGCGAAAAUUGGAACAUCGUCCUCAACAUCAUUCGUCUACCAUCAACGUCUCUAUUGUAAAUCAACUUAAACCAGCUUACAAUUCAGGACCGGCUAAACCUGCACGUACAUAUAGUAAACCUAUACUUAACAGAAGCAAAAGUUUUAACGUUCAUGGUAUGAACGGUACAAACGAUCCCAGUCCUAUUUAUUUAGAAAAACUAACGAAAAAUAAUUACACCGGUAAUAUACACAAGUCAAAUCCACAUCUGAAUGAAAGUGGACCUCAACUUAAAAGUCCUUCAAUAGUUAAUUUAAUAAGUCGGAGUCAAAAAGAUUUAUCGCGAUUAAAUUCAAACGAUGACUCUGAAAAUAAAUAUUUGAAUUAUAUAUCUGAAAGACAGAAUAUGGUAAAACCGACUGAAGAAGAAAUGCUUCAGAGUGUUGUUCAUGCGAACAAUAGGAUAUAUAAAUACUCAGAUGGGCGAAAUCAGCAUUCGUUGCCAGUAGAACCUCAUUCAUCGGUUGAGUUUAUUAAAGACACUGCUAGUAUUUUAAGACGAGGAAGCUCUAGCACUGAAGAUUUUGUUGAUUCUUAUAAUUAUGUUUCAAAAAAUGAUAAGCAUAUAAAUAUGGGCCAAAAUUUUUCUAAAGCUAAUGUACCAUACAAAUCAAUAGAGUCUAGUGGAAAUGAACUUACUUCAUCUAGUCGAUAUCGUAAAGAUCAGUUUCCGAAUCUGCAGCAUAAUGGCGAAUACAAAAAUCCGAAUAGCAGUGGUGGUACAACUAUAAUUGAAGUCAAGGGAGGAAAAUUAAGAAAGUAGCCGUAUUUUAUUCAACUUGAUGAAAUAUAAAACGUUUAUUAGCUGAGUUAUGAGCGUUGGCUAAAUAGACUGGUUAACGAAUGCAACAACAUGAUUUGCCAUAAAAAUAACAUUAAAAUUCGCUAAGUAUACAAUUAAAUGUCGGGUGUUAGUUCGAUUUGACUUCGCAAAUAUAUAUAUAUAUAUAUAUAUAAGUAUAAUAUAUAUUAUAAUAUAAUAUAUAUAGUAUAUAUGAAUAUAUAUAAAAGUUAUGUGACAUUUUAAUUUAAUAUUAUACAUAUUUACAGUUAAAAUUAAAUUUUUUUAAUAAUAUUAUGUAUCAGUUCGAAUUACUAAAUGCUAAUUCAAAAAAUGCUAAUUUGUAUCAACUAAAUGCUAAUUCAAAAAUGUUAAAAGAUAUAAAAAGAAAUGAAACUUAAUAA